UCUGGUGUCGAUAAAGCACGUGCGCUCAUAGAGAGUAUUAGGUUUAUAAAAUUAUAAAGCAUGCUUUUUGAAAUACACAAAACUUAAAAGGUGUCUUUUUUCUCCGCCUUUAAAGGAAGAAUAAACGAGUUUUCUCAGAGAUACCUAGGAUGUCUCUGUCAGUGCGUGAGAGUCGGACCGUGCGCUUUGUGUUUUUGGGCGCUGCCGGGGUCGGGAAAACUGCGCUGAUCACCCGUUUCUUGCACGAUCGCUUCGACACCAAAUACACUCGCACCGUGGAGGAGCUGCACGCGCUUGAGUACGACACGGACGGCGCCAAGGUGCGCAUAGAGAUCUUGGAUACAAGCGGCAGUUACGCCUUUCCAGCCAUGCGCGCCCUGUGCAUCCGCACCGGAGACGCGUUUGCGCUGGUUUACGCCGCCGACGAACCCGACUCCCUGGAGGAGGUGCAGCGACUCCGCGAGGAGAUUCUUGAGAUGAAAGGGGAGAAGUUCACGGGUAUUACGGUCAUCGAGAACAAGGCGGACGGGGACUGCCGGAGUCGACAGGCUACUGCCGAAGUUAUGCGCACGGUGGAAGAGGACUGGAACGCGGGCUUCGUAAAAACAUCCGCGCGCACUGGAGAGAAUGUCGCGGCGGUAUUUCGGGACUUGCUGCAACAAGUGCAGCUGCCGAGUCGCAUCAGCCCUGCACUACGCAGACGGACACAGACCAUGGCGAUAGAAGCUGCAGGGGCACGCAAAAAGCCCCCCAUGAAGAGAAACAGCAGCUGUAUUCUGUCUUAAUGGACAUGUUAAGUCACAUGUUAAGACGUUAUACGCAUCAUACUGAUGCUUGACGGAAAUAGACAAAAGUCUGUGUUAACUCACCUUUGCAGCGCAAAGGUCAUAGGUUCGAUCAGGAACACAUAUAAUUAUACAUUGUAUAGCUUGAAUAGACUGCAAGUGUGUGAAAGUGUCUGUCAAAUGCGUAAAUGUAAAGCAGGCCUACUGUGUGAAUGACAUUUUAACUGUUCUUUUUGCUCUAAUAAGAGCAAGACAAAGUAUUUGAUGAAUCAUCUGCAUUAUACUGCUGAAAUGUUAACUUUUUUAAGACUGAAUAAAUGCAAAUAAUGUUUAACAACCAGUAGUAGUAUUCUUCU